AUGAAAGAGGAGACACUAACAUUGACGCUGGUGAAUCUUGCGGGGAUUAUGCAGAGAGCUGACGAGUCCUUGUUGCCAGGAGUGUAUAAAGAAGUUGGUGCAGCUCUACAUACAGACCCAACUGGACUGGGUUCACUCACUUUGAUUAGAUCAGUUGUUCAGUCUUCUUGUUACCCACUAGCAGCUUACCUUGCUGUGCAUCAUAAUCGUGCUCAUGUUAUUGCUCUUGGUGCUUUUCUCUGGGCUGCUGCCACCUUCCUUGUUGCCAUAUCCUCUACUUUUUUACAGGUGGCCAUUUCAAGAGGUCUAAAUGGUAUUGGGCUUGCCAUAGUCAUGCCAGCCAUUCAGUCUCUUGUUGCUGAUUCAACUAAUGAAAGCAAUCGCGGUAUGGCAUUUGGAUGGCUUCAGCUAACAGGAAACCUUGGCGCCAUCAUUGGAAAUCUCUGUUCGGUACUACUAGCCUCAACAUCGUUCAUGGGGAUAGCUGGUUGGAGGGUUUCUUUCCAUUUGGUUGGAAUCAUAAGUGUGAUAGUUGGCAUUUUGGUCCGUCUCUUCGCUAAGGAUCCACACUUCUCCGAUACUGAAGAUAGAGCUAAAGAUAAAACUCCAGAGACUUUUAUUUCGGGGCUCAAGGACCUAAUCAAAGAUGCAAAUUCAGUUAUAAAAAUUCCAACUUUCCAAAUAAUUGUUGCUCAAGGUGUCACCGGAACAUUCCCUUGGUCAGGUUUAUCAUUCGCUCCUAUGUGGUUAGAACUUAUUGGUUUCUCUCAUAAGCAAACAGCAUCCCUCUUGAACAUUUUUGUGAUCGGUGGUUCAUUUGGUAGUCUGUUUGGAGGGAGAAUGGGGGAUAUCCUUGCUAAACGCUUGCCUAAUUCUGGCAGAAUAAUGCUAUCACAGAUAAGUGCCGGUUCAAGCAUUCCUUUAGCGGGGAUUUUGCUGCUGGUAUUGCCAUACGAUCCAUCAACAGUAUUCAUGCAUGGUCUGGUCUUUUUCACCAUGGGACUCUGCACUUCCUGGAAUGCUCCAGCUACAAACAAUCCAAUAUUUGCAGAGAUAGUGCCAGAGAGAUCUCGAACGACCAUCUAUGCCUUGGACGGUUCAUUCGAGUCCGUAUUGUCUUCUUUUGCUCCCCCGAUAGUUGGCAUUUUGGCUCAGCGCUUAUAUGGUUACAAAGUUCCCAAAACAUCAACGGAUUCUGUCAAAGUUGAAACAGACAGAGAAAAUGCCGAAUCACUUGCCAAGGCACUCUUCAUGGCAUUUGUCAUUCCAAUGUCAAUGUGUGUUUUCAUCUACUCCUUCCUCUACUGGUCGUAUCCAAGAGACCGGGAGAGGGCAAAGAUGAAUGCAUUGGUAGAAUCAGAAAUGCAACAAGUAGAGGCACAUGAUUCUGCUUUGGGACAAGAAUACUCUCAACUCCAUGUUUCAGAAUCAAAAGGACUCGAUGGACUUGAUCGGAAUGAAAGAACAGAAACUGACGUAGAAUAUGGAAAAUUCGAGAGCUUGGAUUUCGAUGAUAGCGACGAAAAGGCUCUACUUUCAAGUAAACCAACAUCCUGA